GCGAGCUGGCGCCAGGGCGGCCGGAGGAUGCCGAGGGGCCGGAGCCGGGCGGGCCCGAGGCCGAGGCGCGCGCUGUCCCCCGCUCGAACCCCGUGAGCCCAGCGGCCUGAAGCGCAGUUCCUGAGCCCGCCGCUCCUGGGGCUCCGACCGGUGCUGAUCCCCGCCCCCGAGGCCGCAGUCCCCUCCCCGCGGCGCUGCGUGUGGACGCCGCCACCGCCUCGGCCCAGAUCCCGAGCCUCCCCCGCCGGCCAUGGAGGUGGCGCCGGAGCAGCCGCGCUGGAUGGCGCACCCCGCCGUGCUGAAUGCGCAGCACCCCGACUCGCACCAUCCGGGCCUGGCGCACAACUACAUGGAGCCCGCGCAGCUGCUGCCUCCCGACGAGGUGGACGUCUUCUUCAACCACCUAGACUCGCAGGGCAACCCCUAUUACGCCAACCCAGCCCACGCGCGGGCGCGCGUCUCCUACAGCCCCGCGCACGCUCGCCUGACUGGAGGCCAGAUGUGCCGCCCACACUUGUUGCAUAGUCCAGGGUUGCCCUGGCUUGACGGGGGUAAAGCUGCCCUCUCAGCCGCAGCAGCACACCACCACAAUCCCUGGACCGUGAGCCCCUUUUCCAAGACACCACUCCACCCCUCAGCUGCUGGAGGCCCGGGCGGCCCCCUCUCCGUGUACCCAGGGGCAGGGGGCGGGAGUGGGGGAGGCAGCGGGAGCUCUGUGGCCUCCCUCACUCCCACUGCAGCCCACUCUGGCUCCCACCUCUUCGGAUUCCCACCCACUCCACCCAAGGAAGUGUCUCCGGACCCCAGCACCACGGGGGCUGCCUCUCCAGCCUCCUCUUCCGCAGGGGGUAGCGCAGCCCGGGGGGAGGACAAGGAUGGCGUCAAGUACCAGGUGUCACUGACCGAUAGCAUGAAGAUGGAAAGCGGCAGUCCCCUGCGCCCAGGCCUGGCUGCCAUGGGCACCCAGCCUGCUACACACCACCCCAUCCCCACCUACCCAUCCUAUGUGCCGGCCGCUGCCCACGACUACAGCAGCGGACUCUUCCACCCCGGAGGCUUCCUGGGUGGCCCUGCCUCCAGCUUCACCCCUAAGCAGCGCAGCAAGGCACGCUCCUGCUCAGAAGGCCGGGAGUGUGUCAACUGUGGGGCCACGGCCACCCCUCUCUGGCGGCGAGACGGCACUGGGCACUACCUGUGCAACGCCUGCGGGCUCUACCACAAGAUGAACGGCCAGAACCGGCCACUCAUCAAGCCCAAGCGGAGACUGUCCGCCGCCAGGAGAGCCGGCACCUGUUGUGCAAAUUGUCAGACGACAACCACCACCUUAUGGCGCCGAAACGCCAACGGGGACCCUGUCUGCAACGCCUGUGGCCUCUACUACAAGCUUCACAAUGUCAACAGGCCACUGACCAUGAAGAAGGAAGGGAUCCAAACUAGGAAUCGGAAGAUGUCCACCAAGUCCAAGAAGAACAAGAAAGGUGCAGAGUGCUUUGAGGAGCUGUCCAAGUGUAUGCAGGAGAAGGCCUCCCCCUUCAGCGCUGCUGCCCUGGCUGGACACAUGGCGCCCGUGGGCCACCUCCCACCAUUCAGCCACUCGGGACACAUCUUGCCCACCCCAACGCCCAUCCACCCCUCCUCCAGCCUCUCCUUUGGCCACCCCCACCCAUCCAGCAUGGUGACCGCCAUGGGCUAGGGCCAGGCCCCCGGCAAUCGGAUGGAGAGAUGCCGAGAAGGGUGGCCAGCAAUGCAAGGCUGGGCACCCCUAGGCAGGGUGGGCUACACCCUUAGCGGUCUGCCCUUCCCCGAAGACUGAUGCCACUCCUGCCAGCCCAGCCGGAGCCCCACGCUGCCUCUCCUGUGGGCGCUCCCCUUGGCCCUCAGCGGUCACUGUGAAGAUCCUCACCCAGGCUACGAGGCAGCCUUGGCCCGGCUCACUGCCCAGGUGGGGUUUCCAUCAUGGAUUGUUCAGAGAACAGAACGGACAACUUUAUGAAGAGAAGGGGUGGGGGGUAGGGGACAGACGAAGAAAGCUGUUUUUAGAAGGAGAAGGGAGUAGGCCAAAAUAAUUUAUUUUGUUCUCUUUUCUAACAAGGACUGGGAGACAGAGAUCUGAGCUGCCCCCUGAGUUCUCUGGGUUUUCUUUUGCUCCAAGGGCCACCUGGCCCAUCUGCUUGCUAGGGCCCUGGGGGUAGGUGUGCGAGGGGCUGGGGGGUGGCCUGCAUCUUCUCCCCUGGCUUCCUCUCCUGAAGCAGCUGAAGCCCAGGUUGGGCUGAGCCAGUGCAGGCAGGCCACCAGCCCGGGGAGGCGGCGCGGUGCGUGCCCUGGCGGCCAGGCCCAGUAGGGCAGAGACAAUCAUGGGCGGUCCUGCGCAGAUUCCCAGGCCAGGGCUGGGUCACAGGAAGGAAACAACAUUUUCUUGAGAGGGGAAAUGUCUCCCAGAUCUCUCCCCUGGCUCUGAGGCCGAAGCUGGUGUGACCCGUGUACCCUUAACAAGCCUGAGCCACAGCCUGACUCCUUUGCCAGGUGGACCCCUGUACAUACAUCCCUUUUCUGCUAACCCCUCAACCCCUUCCCCUCCCACUCUGAGACAAAAGAAAAAAAUAUAUAUCUAUAUAAAAAGACUGCAUAAGCUUAACUCGCUGAGGAGUUAGUUGUUUUAUUUUUAAACUCAUUUUGGGUCCAGUCAAUUGUACGUUGCCACGGAAGCCCUCGCUAUGGAAAGGAAUAAAACCUACAAACCAAGGCUGUAGCUUCGCAAUUAUUUUUGGAAAAGUACUUGGAUCCCACAGCCCUAGGAUGGGGAGCCCGGGGCCUGGGGAGGCUGCUCUUGGCUUCCAGGGGCUGGUCUGGCAGGUGGCGAGGCAGGGGUUGGGGGUGGGUCCAAGGAGAGGCCACGACCCUGCUGGGGUCCCUGGAGACGCCUGGGUUCUGCUCUGCUUCGCUGUGGCUGUCUGGAUCCUUCCCAAGGUACAGCUGUACAUAACUGUGUCCGAGCUUAGAUUCUGUAUGCGGAGGAGGUGGGUGCGGCGGCCGGCAAGGGCCUGGCCGGGAGGAGGAUCCUGCCGAGCCGAGCCGAUGUAGUCGACCAAGUGCAAUAUGGGCCGGCGAUCGCUGAGGGGGUGGGGGGCACCGCAGCCAGAAGUAACUUAUUUUGUACUAGUAUCCGCAUAAGAUAAAGAAUCAGCAGUAUUUUCUGUUUUUAUGUUUUAUUUGGCUUGUUUUAUUUUGGAUUAGUGAACUAAGUUAUUGCUAAUUAUGUACAACAUUUAUAUAUUGUCUGUAAAAAAUUGUAUGCUAUCCUCCUAUUCCUUUAAAGUGAAUACUGUUAAGAAUAAUAAAAUACUUUUUGUGAA